AUGUCUACACAAACUACAUUGGUUUGCGCACAGAUAAUCACAGCUGCAGGAGCUCCCAACCCAAUGUGCUGGUUUGAGGCGGUGGAAGCAAUGGAGAAUUACGUAUUCGAUAAGGUCUCCGUGGGUUCAGAGGACCAGAUUCGAGAACGUGAGGUCUAUGGUUUGGGAAGGCGUUUCAUCACAGUUGCAGGAGGACUGGAGGGCCUCUAUACGAUGCUUAAACACACUGUGGAGCCCGAUCAGCCGAAAGCUGAGGUGCUUCUCGACUGCAUGGUGAAGAACUACAAGCUACAAAUGCCCCUAGCGGUAGGGGAUGCUGUUCGGCUGCGUGAACUAUACAAAAACACAAUUUUGAAGAACCCCAUGCUCUACAAAAUGGUUCUUCGUCGACGUAGCAUCUUACCCGAAGACUUGCAGGCCUUCGUUGCCAAGAUCAUCGAAACUACAGAGUCCUCUGACGAUAUGCUAGCUGCGCUUUACCCUUCAAAAUCAAAUUCCGAGUUGAUUUUCGCAGCAGCGAAGGAGAUGUUCACUUCUGGGUACCUGACCGGAGGUCCACCAUGUCCCGUUUCUCGCAUCACUGCACUUAAAUGCAUCAAGAAACCGGAACAAGUUUCCGGCGAUGACGACAGCUUCCCGGAAUGUGGGAGAAAAUCGUCUAAUCUUUCUGUGGAAGAACAAAGCCCUUCGGCGGGAGUUGUGGCGUGCAGUAGUGAGGUGAACUUUGAGAAGGCCUUCCACAUUGGUUUGAGCAAUCCCUCUCGAGACAUCCUACAGGAGGUAGCAUAUCACAUUCCCGAAUUCGCAUAUCACAUACGACCUGUGUUCGAAACCAAGUGGGUGGAAAUUGGUAGUGAUCGGAGCUGUGAGGUAAUGCUACCACAGCUCUGCGAACUACGAAAUAUGCGACAACGGCGACUGGAAAUGGUAAAACUAGGCUUGAUCCUUACGGAAAAAGAGGAAAGCGACGAAGGAAUAAGAGUUCGGCAGCUCUCCCACGAUCUUGUUGAGCGCUUAUGUUACCUCCUCACCUGUCCAAACACCAACAAAAAUAGCGGCAUUUGGAUGGGUCUUCUCGCCUGUUUCCACGGCAUUAUGUUUUGGCCGCCGAUAGGGGAUUGCCUCGUCUCUAGAUUGAAUGUCUGGAUCCCUGCUCUGCUACUCACCAUGCAGAGCGCUUAUGCCACAGUUCGCGAAGAGGGCUGCUGUGUUCUCGCCUUCCUAGCUUGCUGUUAUCCCCUCUUCUGUCGUCUACAAACAGUCUGCCGAAAUCUUCUCAUUUCAAAUAUGACUUUUGCCCUGCUAGAUGCAAUGGACCGAUAUCCAGAUUCGUAUGCAUGUUUCCAUGGUACUCUAGCGUACAUUCUACACUCAGUGCCAAGCAACGCAGUUAUGGACUGCUUGCUAACAUGGAUUCCGGACAUUAUCCAUCGGGAGGAUGAAAGCCUAUUGGCUAGAGAUUGGCCUCUCUUUAUCUACUAUGUCGCUAGGCAUUGGCCAACCUUUGCCAUCAACUGGAAUCUCCUCUACAAUAGACAGGUGGUAAAACUGCUAGAAUGUGGGCUGGCUAGACGCAUCUCAAAGCACAAUGCGCGUCUCGCAUUGGGAUAUUUGGUGGGACGAAGAGGACUCAUCUCUUCUGUGUUUACCGUAUGGAGGGAUGACGAGAACAAGGUGUAG